CAACCCUGAAAAACGAUGUCUUAUUUUGUUUUGACAGCAAUCCGGCUAUAUAUUUUUUUUUUGACCGGUUUAGUUCUGAGUUCUGGAAAUUGGUUAAAGUUAUCGCAACUUCAUUACACAACCCGAAUUUUCUUCGGCAAAAAGUCUCCAAAUAUGAAAUUCUUAACACAAACUGAAGCAGUCAAAAUUGAUGAGGAACUAUUCAAAGAAUACAAAUUUAGUAUAGAUCAACUUAUGGAAUUGGCUGGAUUGAGUUGUGCCCAUGCUAUAGCAAAAUGUUACCCUGCUGAUUGCUUCAAGCGAGUGUUAGUGUGUUGUGGACCUGGAAACAAUGGUGGAGAUGGAUUAGUUUGUGCCCGGCAUUUAUCUUUCAUGAAAUACGAACCAACMAUUUAUUAUCCAAAACCCACUGCAAAACAACUGUAUGAAAAUCUAAGUCACCAAUGCAAGAGCAAUGGAAUAUCGUUUCUACGUUCAAGUCCCACUCUUGAAAGUACAAAUGAAUGCUACGACUUAAUUGUUGAUGCACUAUUUGGCUUCAGUUUUAAACCACCCGUGCGAGAAACAUUCGUCCCUAUUACAGAGAUCCUCCUGAAUACAAAAAUUCCUAUAGCAAGYAUUGAUAUACCAAGCGGAUGGGAUGUAGAAAAAGGAAAAAUAAGAGAAAAUGAUUUCGAACCGGAUAUGCUAAUAUCCCUAACGGCACCUAAACUAUGCGCUAAAAUGUUUAAAGGAAAAUACCAUUAUUUAGGUGGACGUUUUGUGCCACCCGCGCUCCAGGAAAAGUUUCAACUUAACUUACCAGAGUAUCACGAUUGUGAUAUGUGUUUAAAAUUGUAGAGUGAUAACCCGUUACCAAGCAAAAUAAAAAAAAAGUAUAUUUUAACAAUGAAGUCUA